ACCCAAAAAAAUAAUAAUCAACAAGAGGAGAAAAUAGGAGGAGGUGGAGGAAGAAGAUCGCCACAACAAGGAGGAUUGGAGUUGAGAGUGUAGAGCAUGGCUUGGGCAAAAAUGACGUGGUAUAAAUGGAAUCUCCGGGUUGCUAUUCUCGUCAGCCUCUACUUCCAGAUAUUGUUGGUUUUCAUUGCACCGUUGCGAAAACGUAGAGGAAACAAAAUCAUAAUCUUGCUGAUCUGGGGGGCUUAUCUGCUCGCAGACUGGGUCGCAGUCUUUGCUAUCGGACUCAUCUCCCAUUACCAAGCCAAUAAUUGUGACAAUUAUUGUGUAAACAAGGACCUGCUUGCUUUCUGGGCUCCAUUUCUUUUGCUACACCUUGGUGGUCCGGAUACCAUUACUGCUUUCUCCUUCGAAGACAAUGGACUAUGGCUUCGACACUUUGUUGGCCUUGUCAUCCAGCUUGCCGUAGUUGCUUACGUCUUUUUGCAGUCUUUUCCAAACCAAAUUUGGAUCCCAACAGUCCUCGUGUUUUUUGCUGGAACUAUUAAGUACGCUGAGCGAACACGUGCUCAAUAUCUAGCAUACUUGGGUAGUUUUGACGUUUCUAUGCAUCAAAGCGUUGUUGCGUCGUGGGAGUUGGAACGAUUUUCUGAUCACUUCGGUGAUGAAGAAAGCCAAGCAUCCCUCACUGGCAUUGACGUGUUGGAAAAUGGGUACAACUUGUUGCAAAUUCUCAGGGGACUAAUUGCUAGCCGGAGUCCUCGCUUCCGUGAGCUUGCGAGUUAUAGCUUCUUUUCUAAGAGGUCAUCCGAAGAUGCUUUCAGGGUCAUAGAAGCGGAGCUCAAUUUCUUUUACGAUGUGCUCUACACCAAGAUGGAAGUGGUGCAUUGUUGGACGGGCUACUUUCUCCGCUUCAUCUUCUCUUUUUUGAUUGUGGUUUCCUUUGCACUCUUUGCAUCAUCCCAUCAUAAACACCAAUUCCACCACUUUGAUAUUGUUGUCACCUACACUCUGCUUAUUGGUGCUGUUGGCUUGGACUUGGUAUCACUCCUCAUGCUCAUCUUCUCUCACUGGACAGUAGUUUUGCUUAGUAAUCCCAAAGCCAAAAAUAUCGUUAAUGAGAUCCAGGAAAUGUUUUUUUUGUAUGACAAAAGAUCCCAACGGUUCAACUUCAUCCCACAACACAGUUUGAUCAGUUACUGCAUCAACAUCCACCAACGACGAUUCAAAUGGUUUGAUAAAGCAGUAGAAAUUUUCAGACUCGACAAUUUCCUCUAUGAGAUACAGUACAUAAGAACUGAACGUUUACAGAAAACUGAUCUCAAGAGCCUCAUCUUUAAGAAGCUGAAGGAAAAGGCUGAUCCCCGUCGUAAAUCACAAGAUACAGAAUUACCAGCAGAGGACCUUUGGGGGCAAAACUGUUUCAUUCCCCUCUGGAUUAGAUAUAGCACGAGCAAGGAAGUUGAAUAUGAUCGAAAGCUUUUGAUGUGGCACAUUGCUACCGAAAUAUGUUAUUUCCGUGAUGAACCAAAUGCUAAUAAUAGGGAAUUUUGUAAGAUCCUAUCAGAGUACAUGUUGUAUCUUCUUGUCAUGCAGCCUACAAUGACGUCAACAGUGCCUGGUAUACAACAAAUCAGAAUCCGAGACAUGUGUACAAAAAUGUUCAAUGAUGUCAAAAUGAUCCUAGAUUCACACACCAACAAUUCGAAUCCCCUUCCAAGAAGAAGAAAACCAAAAACAGAAUCAUCACUCUCAGAAGAUCUUGUCAGCAAGAUACUAGAUUCAGUACUAUCCAAGACGAUAGAAAGAGGCGAAUCAUUGUUACAUGAUGCAUGCAUGCUGGCUGAUGAUCUGAUGAAUGGGUUCCAAUCCGAGACUAGAUGGGAGAUAAUGAGCAAUGUGUGGUUCGAUUUGUUGUACUAUGCUGCUACUCAUUGUGGAGCAAAUGCUCAUGCCAAACUGGUCAGCGAAGGUGGGGAGCUUAUUACUUCUCUUUGGUUACUCGUAUCCCAUUUUGGUUUGGGAGAAGAGAUGGGAGAACAGAUCUCUGCGAGUUCUAUACACAAGGAUUCUCUAGGGUUUUUUUUUCCUAAAGUUUCUUAGAGUGGUGUGUUGUAUGGUUGAGAUUUAAUGACAAGUCACGUCAAUCUUUUAGCAUUAAAUCUCACCCAUACAAUACACCACUUUAAGAAACUUUAGAAAAAAAAAAAACUCUA